AUGGCGGUCUCUCCGGGGAGCUGCGUGGACGCCACGGUGCUGGACUUCGUCGCAGACCUGUCCCUCGCCUCCCCGGGGCACCCCCUCCUCUGCGACUUUGCGCCCGGGCUGCCCUUCGGGGACCGAGGCCUUGCGCUCCAGGAGGGACGGCCCAGGCGUCUGGCGCCCUUUGAGGAGGAGGAUCCAGAAGAAGAGGAGGGUGAAGGUGAAGUAGACGAGGGGGAGGGGGAGGGAGAGGAGCCCGGGAGGGGCGCCUCCCUGCUGGGCCGCCCCAGGAGGAAGAGGGUGAUCACCUACGCCCAGCGCCAGGCCGCCAACAUCCGCGAGAGGAAGCGCAUGUUCAACCUCAACGAGGCUUUCGACCGGCUGCGGAGGAAGGUGCCCACGUUUGCUUACGAGAAGAGGCUGUCCCGGAUCGAGACCCUCCGCCUGGCCAUCGUCUACAUCUCCUUCAUGACGGAGCUCUUGGAGAGCUGCAAGGAAAAGGACACCUGCUGA